AUUUACAGCUGGUUGUACACAGGGAAGGAGUAUUCUAGUGUUUCUUGAAUCGCAGGCAAUUUUAGCAUUGAAUAUUUCUUCUGUUGUGCUAUCGGCAAUGUCUAGGAGCAAUGUGGAGAACUUGUCACCGCAGAUUAUGCGUCAUGUCACUAAAGAGCUGAUGACACUCCAGUCUGACCCACCUGAGGGUAUUAAGAUUAUCCCCAAUGAAGAGGACAUCACAGACAUACAAGCAGCAAUAGAAGGUCCAGCUGGCACGCCAUAUGCUGGUGGUAUGUUCAGGGUAAAGUUGGUGCUCAGCAAAGGUUUUCCAAGUGAGCCUCCGAAAGGUUUCUUCCUCACCAAAAUUUUCCAUCCCAAUGUUGCCAAAAAUGGUGAAAUCUGUGUAAAUACAUUAAAAAGAGACUGGAAGACAGAAUAUGGAAUAAAACACAUUUUAUUGACAAUAAAGUGCCUGUUGAUUGUCCCAAAUCCUGAGUCUGCAUUAAACGAAGAGGCAGGAAAACUUUUGUUGGAGCAAUAUGAUGAUUAUUCUCAGAGAGCUAGAUUGUACACUGAUAUUCAUGCAAAACCUCCAAGAUCUUCUUGUGAAGAAGAGUGCUUGGACAAAAAUUCAGAUGGUCCAUCUGCUAAAAAGCAUGCAGGAGACAAAAAGCUUGCAGAAAAGAGGAAAAAAGAGAAAAAGAAAACUCUGAAGCGAUUAUGAUGGACAUUCUAAACUGUUGUCAUAGUCUGACUUGGAUGUCAGUUGGGACUUGUGAUUUUUGCAAGCAGCUGAGACAUUUAAAUGAAAAUUCAUUCAAAUCAAUGACGUUUGUUUGUUAUCAUACAAGUGCAUCAUCAGUGGCUGAAUAAGUGGAUUGCAGCAAUUUUUUAUACAACUAUAUCAUGUCAUUAAACAGUUUGUUUUAAAUGCCCAGCACAAACAUCAUUAUGUGGGGCUUUGAAACUGUUUCAAGCAGCAGCCUGUCUCUUUUUUUUUUCUUUUAUUGAUGAGGUAAUUUAUUUCUUUUAAAUGUAUUGUUUAGUGCUUGAAUAGCCCCAGAGAGAUUCCAAAUUUCAAAGUGAUUGGCUGUAGAAGAAAUGGUUUCAAGGCUCCGUGUACAACAAAUGGCCCGUUUCUAUCCAUUUUUAUAUACCCCUUCCUCACAUGGUGUCAUAUAAAAAUAUACAUAUUAAUAAAUUAUUUCUGUAAGAAA